GACUCACUCGCCGUGCUGGGUCACAUGAUCGGUCGCUCCUCACCAAACAGUCGAACAUGGCGGACUUCGUGGAGCGGCAGAACUUGUUGGAGGACGAUGAAAGCUCCCCCGCGGAGCGGCGCUCAGCCUCAGGAGACGACAGACCGAUGUCCGCCAUCUGCGACCCCAGCCGCCUUCCCCACCGGGCGGUCGUUCUGGUUUUCAUGUGCUUCCUGGGAUUCGGAAGCUAUUUUUGUUAUGAUAAUCCCGCCGCACUUCAAACCCAAGUCAUCCAGGACUUGAACCUGAACACUGCAAAGUUCAUGCAGCUGUACGCCUGGUACUCCUGGCCAAAUGUUGUCCUCUGCUUCUUUGGGGGAUUUCUGCUCGACAGGGUUUUUGGAAUCAGACUGGGAACUAUCAUCUUCUCCCUCUUUGUCUGCGUUGGACAGGUAAUUUUUGCUGCUGGAGCUUGGUAUGAUCUCUUCUGGCUGAUGGAACUUGGACGUUUUGUUUUUGGCAUUGGAGGCGAGUCGCUGGCUGUUGCCCAGAAUACAUAUGCAGUCAAUUGGUUUAAAGGCAAAGAACUCAACCUUGUGUUUGGCUUGCAGCUGAGCAUGGCUCGACUGGGCAGCACAGUCAAUAUGAACAUUAUGGGCUGGGUGUACAACAAAGUUGCAGUUGUCGUUGGUUCACCUGGACCCACUACGCUUGGUGCAUCACUCAUGAUAGCUGCAGUGACCUGCCUCUUUUCUUUAGUCUGUGCAUUGGUGUUGGGAUUCCUGGAUAAGAGAGCAGAAAGAAUCCUUCACAAAGAAGAAGGAAAAACAGGCGAGGUGAUCAAGCUGACCGAUGUGAAAGAUUUCCCACUCACGCUGUGGCUCGUCUUCAUCAUCUGCGUGGGUUACUAUGUUGCCAUUUUCCCUUUUAUUGGACUGGGCCAAGUAUUCUUCAUUGAAAAAUUCAACUUCUCUCCAGCUGAAGCCAGAGCUGUCAACAGUAUUGUGUACAUCAUCUCAGCGCCUGCAUCUCCCGUCCUGGGCUUCGUGGUUGAUAAGACGGGCAGGAACGUGGUUUGGGUGAUGAUGGCCGUGGUUGCAACGCUUGCGGCUCACAUGAUGCUGGCCUUUACCUUCUGGAACCCAUGGAUUGCCAUGUCUCUGCUUGGUGUGUCGUACUCCUUGCUGGCUUGUGCUCUGUGGCCCAUGGUGGCCUUUAUGGUGCCUGAACAUCAGCUGGGAACAGCCUAUGGCUUCAUGCAGUCCAUCCAGAACCUGGGCCUGGCUCUCAUUGCCAUGGCAGCCGGCGCCAUCCUGGACUCCAGAGGCUAUCUGGUUUUGGAGGUCUUUUUUUGCGCCUGCAUUUGCAUUGCAUUGAUCGCUGUGGUGAUGCUGUACUUUGUGGAUUACGUCAAAGGCGGGGAUUUGAAUCAGUCGGCUGCAGCCAGAGCCAAACUCCAGAAAGAAGCCACGUCGGAUGCGGAAUGAUGAUGAUGAUGAUGGUGAACGAACACACAUGGUCCUGGGUUUCAGAGCCAGGAGCCUGCACUGUCCCCCCCAGGACUGCGGGACUGACUCCGCCCAGUGAUGUCAUCUGUGGUUUUUCGCUCCAGAACUGACUGUCUGGAUUGGCUGUUCCGUAACCCAGUGUCUUAAACUGACAAAUGACCAAAACCCGCUUUGGACUCCAGUUUACACCGACUGUUUCUGGGCUCAAACUGACUGUCAAACUGCUUCAUGAUGACACUUCUUGACAGAUGAAACAAAGUCGGGAUUCUUAAUGUAACUUUGACCCUUUUUGUAUCCAGAAGGACGGUGCAUACAUCCCAAAUAAGUACUUGAUUCAUUGUGUUGUUGCACUUAAGAUAUAGGAUUCCUAUAUCAGGUAUUAUAUGUACACUUGCUGAACUGGUUCAGCUACUUAUUAUUUUUAACUGCAUUAUCAAAUGAUGCAUGGCUGUAACACUCAUGCUACUUUCACACCGGGUAUUUGUGGAAGGCGCGGGCUGAUUGUGGGUUUUUGUUUGCCCUUUUUAAUGGUGUUAGUACAUGUCUGACACUAGUACAUGUACUAACAGUUAGAAGAAGCUUGGUGCGAAAUGUCAAAGAAGUGCAAAUCUUGUGAAUUUUGCACCAGGCUUUUUCUUUCCCAGCUCUAUUCCAAUAUAUGAAAGACUUGAUGUCAUAUAAUUCUGGCACAAACCGCAGAUAUUAAUUUCUCCCCCAUGAUCAAUUCUCAAGUGUUUGGCACUUCCGUGUAUUGAAAAGGACGCCAUCCAUACAUCGCUGCCAAAUCCAUGUCCCUGAUUGGUCAAAGUUAAACGGGUUUAACUUUUGACGCUUGCUCAAUUACUGUGCGUUUUCUACAUAGAGCCCAAACAAACUUGUGUAGCAACGCAUGAAUGCAAGAGUGGGCGCUCGAACGUGUGUGUCCGUGCCUGGUGUGAGGAAUUUUUCAAAUAUUUUGUUCUAAGGCUUCCAUUUAAAUUCAGUUUUUACAAACGUGUUACUUUACCAAGCUCAGGGGAGGUCCGUGUAAAAGCACUCAAAUGGUUAUGGGCCGAAGAAACAUAGUCGACGCACUUCGCUCAAUUCUUUUAGGAUUCCAGUAAUGUUGCAUAUCUACAGUCAUGUGGAAAACAAAUCAGGACACGCGAUCCGGUCUCGGAUAAGUGGAGGAAGAUGGAUGGAUGGAUGGAUGGAUGUUUACAGCCCGUCUUAGGUCAGGAACUCUCCACUUCCUAGUUUUCAGCGGGUGCUUGGUUGGUUACGUUUGGGUUUUGCAUCAUGAUUGUGUUUUUGGUCUAUUUCCACUACCUCUUUACUUUCUGACAGAGGGUGUCAUAUCUGUCACAUCCUCUGAUAUACAGCAAAAUUCAUGGCGGCAUCCAUAAUUGUGGGCAGGAAGAAAGGACAAGGUACAUUCAAAAAGCUGAGUAACAAUUGACUAAACAUUUGCAGUUUAUGCUUGUAAGACUAAAGAGGAGGUUUAUUGAUGAAGUUAAGGAGGGCAUGAGGGUGGUUGGUCUUCAGGAGGAUAGAGUCAGAUGAGGGAGGAGGAUUCACGCAGGACUGAUGCAUCUGUGUUUCGAGUGACAUUCAACGAGCGUCCCAACUAGAAGUACAACUAUUUUUGUUAAAUUACAUUCGUAGAUCUUUAAGUUUUUUUUUUUUGUUUUUUUUUCAGAUUUCAUACUCAGAAUCGGUUACGGUGCGAGUAAAUAGCCAUGUAUCCCAAAGUUUACACAAGUUUUUAUGUAUAUCGUAAUUUUUUUUUCCACAUGACUGUAUAUUUUUGUGAUGUUGGCUAAACAUACACUUAUCUCAUUUGGACAAAAAUGCCUCAAUGGAAAUAUUAAAAACACAUUAAACACAUGCAGGAAGAUAGUAACUAAUAAAUGAACCAUUAUUGUGAUUGCAAAUUAAAACGUCUGAAAGACAUGGUUGUCGUCACUUGACCUCUGAUGUGACUUUAAGUUCAAUCUUUGUUCAACUCAUUGGGUUGGACCCAAUAAUCCAAUUUGUAUUUGAUCUGUGUCAAAGUUUGAAAGCGUAAAUGAGAAGAAGAGAGAAUCCAAAUAGACAGGAAGAUAAAUCAUAAAACGUAUUUUUUUGCCAAAUAAUACAGUUGUUGCAGAGAUUUAUGACAUUCAAUUAAACAUUGAUUCUUUUUAA